GGGAAAAGAACCAGACUUGGGCGGAGCUAACUGUGUGCAAAGCAGGACAUGGAGGAACGCGGGUCGCCCGACGGGGACCCCGCGCGGAACCUGGAGCAGGGGCCGGAGGGGCCAGAAACGCCCAUCCAGGUGGUGCUCAGGGUGCGUCCCAUGAGCGCUGCCGAGCUUCGUCGAGGGGAGCAGAGCGUGCUGCACUGCUCAGGGACCCGGACUCUGCAGGUGAGCCCCCCGGGCGGGGCCCCGGACGUGGCUUUCCGCUUCGGCGCGGUGCUGGACGGAGCGAGCACCCAAGAUGACGUGUUCCGCGCCUGCGGCGUGCGGCGUCUGGGCGAGCUGGCGCUGCGCGGCUUCUCCUGCACCGUCUUAACCUUCGGCCAGACCGGCUCCGGGAAGACCUACACCCUGACCGGACCUCCUCCCCAGGGAGAGGGGCUGCCUGUGCCCCCCGGCCUGGCUGGCAUCGUGCAGAGGACCUUCACCUGGUUGUUAGACCGCGUGCAGCACUUGGAUGUUCCUGUCACUCUCCAGGCUUCUUACCUGGAGAUCUACAAUGAGCAGGUUCGGGACUUGCUGAGUCUGGGGGCUCCCCGGCCCCUCCCUGUUCGCUGGAACAAGACCCGGGGCUUCUAUGUGGAGCAGCUGCGGGUGGUGGAGUUUGGGAGCCUGGGGGCCCUCAUGGAACUUCUGCAAAUGGGUCUUAGCCGUCGAAGGAGCUCCGCUCACACCCUGAACCAGGCCUCCAGCCGAAGCCAUGCCCUGCUCACACUCUACAUCAGCCACCAAACUCAGAUGCCUCCUGUGGACCCUGGGGAACCCCCUGCUGGGGGGAAGCUGUGCUUUGUAGACCUGGCCGGCAGUGAGAAGGUGGCGGCCACAGGAUCCCGUGGGGAGCUGAUGCUUGAGGCCAACAGCAUCAACCGCAGCCUGCUGGCCCUGGGUCACUGCCUCUCGCUGCUGCUGGACCCACAGCGGAAGCAGAGCCACAUCCCCUUCCGGGACAGCAAACUCACCAAGCUGCUGGCGGAUUCGCUGGGGGGUCAUGGGGUCACCCUCAUGGUGGCCUGCGUGUCCCCCUCAGCCCAGUGCCUUCCUGAGACCCUCAGCACCCUGAGAUAUGCCAGCCGAGCUCAGCGGGUCACCACUCGGCCGCAGGCCCCCAGGUCCCCGAAGGCAAAGCCACCCCAGCACUUGGAGACUGAGCUAUUGCAGCUGCAGGAGGAGAACCAUCACCUGCGGUCCCAGCUGGGCCAAAUGGACCCCAAGGCCUCUGGACUCAGUGGGGCCCGGGUGGCUUGGGCUCAGCGGAACCUCUACGGGAUGCUGCAGGAGUUCAUGCUGGAGAAUGAGAGGCUCAGGAAAGAGAAGAGGCAGCUUCAGAGCAGCCGGGACCUGGCCCACGGUGAGCAGCGCAUCCUGGCCCAGCAGGUCCGCGAGCUGGAGCGGCGUCUCCUCUCUGCCUGCUACCUUCAGCAGCCAGGCCCUGGGCCAGCCCCACCGUGUCCCUGUGUGAUGGUGCCACCUCUUCUGUGCCACGCCCCGCCACCCCUCUGCCCCCGCUGCCAACUCUGCCCGCUGUGCUGUGCGCCGUUGGCCCACUGGGCCUGCCCACGGAGGGAACUCCACCUGCCCCAGAUGUUCAGCUCUAAGGCCCCAGCUGAUGGGCCCCCAUCCGCCCGGCCCCCGCCCUGGGCGCCCCCAUGCUGCCCUAGCUCUGCCAAGUGCUCGAGGGAGAGGAGUCACAGUGAGUGGGCUCAGACCCAGGUUCUGGCUGAGAUGCUGACCGAGGAGAAAGUGAUACCCUCUGCACCCCCCCUGCCCGUGGGGCCUCUGAACACAUCGCCAGUGCUGAGAGGUGGGGCUGCAGUUCCAAACCUGGCCCGAAGACUGGAGGCCCUCAGAGACCAGAUCGGCACCUCCCUGCGACGUGGCCGGAGCCAGCCACCCCCUCCCUGAGGGCACUUGGAGUCUUCGCCAGGUCCUCCCUGCCUGCUGCGGGCAGCGUGGGCACCCAGGAGACCAUCACGGGACCUUGGACUGGGCUCUGCACUCCUGGGUCUCAGUCUAAAUGGGGUUAAAUGGGGUAGCAGCUGCUGCUCCAGCCUGCAGAUGGGCUGGGCAGAGACCAGGUCCUCAGGCCUGGGGGUGGGGGCUGAUGGGGCAAACUGGGGACGCAAAGGGUGGGUGCCACCCCAGACUCAGAGAAAUGAGACUGGAUUCAGGAGAAACCAGGCCAUAGGUGAUGAAAUACAUGAAUAAAGAGAGACAUC